AUGAAGGGUGUGGGAUUGCGGCAACGGCAACGCCCGGCAGUGAAGCCGAAUGCGGCUGCUCGUAGUGAAGCACCAGUGACAGUUGUAUUCCGUGCCCAUACAGACAGUCUCGCUAAAGCGCCUUUUCUCUACUGCCCAAAGAACUACUCUCUUCCCAUGCCAUCUUCACAAGAACAAUUUACAGAGGCUAUCAUUGAACUGUUUAUACCGAGUUGUGGUAACAGUAAUUCCAAUGGUUCUAAUACGGCUACUACUACAACAACUAGUAGUAGUAAUACUAAUAAUAAUAAUAAUACCAAUACCACUAUAUGUGUUGGUGGUAAUAGUAGUAAUAAGAACUCUUCCAGUGGCAAUCAAUACCGCCAACAACAUCACGGAGUUGGGAGUGGCAGAAACAUGUCGCCAUCUACCACCUUAUUGUCCUCUUGCACAGAGACUGUUUCUAUGAGGGUAUCAGCUCCACUCAUUUCGGAUCCUGGGAGUUCGCAAACUACUCAGCAUACAACAAAAACUACAGUGGCAACAACAACAACAACAAUGAUAACGACGACAAUAAUGGGGAAUUCUGGUAGUGAUACAUUUCCAUCAGAUUCACAACGUAUUGUGAGUAAUACUCCAUUUGCUGCCACCUCAAACUACGAUACCUGGGUUUGUCGGGCGUAUUGUUUUGGUGAGAAGGACGCUCUACAUGCGAAUGGUGCUAUUAGUGUACACCAAUCAUUGGCAAAUAAGAGUCAGUUUAUUAACGAUAUUACAAAAGGUAAGGCCAUAGCACGUGUUGUGCCGACGUAUACUGAGGUUCGUGAGCGAUUUGGUUUAUCUCAUGUAGAAUUGGCUUUUGAAGACCAAUCUAUUUCUCGUGCUGAUAUGUUUCUUAUUUCAGAAGCGUUGCGUGAUGAAAUUCUUUACGAGGGACAAGAAGUGACUCUUUGUGGUUUCACCAUGAAAGUUAAUGAAAUGCUCCAAAGUGUGAACCAGAAUGGGACAAUGGAAGGUAGUGACACAACUAAAACAUAUCAAGGUGAUAACUUCAAGAGUACUGUCAAUAAUAAUAAUAAUAAUAAUAAUAAUAAUAAUAAUAAUAAUAAUAAUAAUAGUAACAAUGACAUGUUUGAUAAUGAUGGGGUAUUUAAGAUGAUGGACACCCCUUGGGCUUCAACAAAAAAAAUGAAGUCAAUGAACACAUCCACACAAUAUCAACAGCAGCAACAACAUCAACAAAAUCAUAACCAGGGUGAGGAGGAUGUAGAAAGGAAAUUUCGUCGUGUGCGUUGUGGUCUUGUCACAGAGAAUACCCUUGUGAAUUUUUGCUCUCUUUCUGCCGUUCACUUUAUUAUUCUGGAGAUAUCAAAAGAGAUGUGGGAUCCUACCUUGGAUGGUCGUAUUACAAUUGCCUGGGCUGUAAAAAGGUUUCUGAAGGAGUAUUUAAUGCAACAAAUACCAAAGCAUAAAGCUUCUCCACUCAUAAACAUUUUAAUGGUAGGAAGGUUGCAUCCAGAGUAUGCUAUAAAUGAUAAUGUUGAUUUCUUACAUGAGAUGAAAAUACCACGUAAAGCCUCUAGUGCCCAUAUUUCAGAGGAGGUUGGACUUCAAUGUGAUGUACUUAUCGAGCGUAUCCUAUGCGAGGUACGAGAGACAUUGAAGGCUAAUCGUAAGUCAGAAAGUGAAUCUGAUAUUCUUGGGGGAAAAGAAAAUAUUAGUUUUCAACAAGAUAUCCAUCAUCAUACUACUAAUACUAAUACUAAUAGUAAUUCAAAGACAAAAACUGAGGCUGUGAAUCGUGGUAUGAUUUCACCAGAUGCAAUCACCGAACGAGACCUUUUUGUCCAUGCCAAAAAUACAUGUACUAUGGAGACUAUUAGUCUUGUACUGGAUCGUUGUACACAACAACUUGUAAAUGGACAGACGGGGUAUAUUAUUACUGUUGUCUCUGGUGGGAAAGGUCUGUAUCAGGUGCGGAAUGACCUUCUCCAGGCGACCUGCACUCGACUUUUCAACGCUGGGAUUGAGCGUGUGAAUAUUGUCUGCAUUGGCCGCCCCCCACUCCACCUGACGCCGCUGCUGGAGUACAUGCCGGACGACGAGACGCUGCGGUCGCAAUAUCAUCUCCACAUUGACCAGCAGCCCCGUCGCCUCUACGAGCAGCCGGCGUGGGCGCGGUGUCUCUUCUACCACCCCGUCCCCGACCCCACGUCGACGGGCCGACUGCUCUUCGGGCUCCUCCCGCAGGCCGCGUGGGGGCGGGCGGCAGCCGCAGCGGAGGGACCACCGCCCCCGCACACACGACCGCCACUCCUCCUACCGGUACUCCCUCCAGAUACCCCGCAGAAUAACCACUUGGAUCCAUAUAAAUACUCAACACUAAGUAGAGGGGAUUAUGCUAUGCUUGGCGGCGAAGGUCUCAGGUGGAUACAUCCUACACAACAACAACAACAACAACAACAGCAGCAUCAGCAGCAGUCGGUACAUCAUCAGGAAUCGUCAUCCUUUAUAAAGGCAGCGUGGUAUUCGUUACAUGGUAGUGGGGUGUUGCAACAGGAUGGAUUUAAUCGUGAUCGUAUACUUGAAUACGUCAUGAAAGAAAAACAAGUAUCUUUUUUGGAAACUCGUGCUGGAAGUACAGUCAUACCAUCUGAGGUAGGUGGUAUUAUCCCAUGUGGAAUAAAUAUUUUAGAUAGUGAUAUACAGAGUGGGUAUGUAAUUCUUAAGCUUCAAAUCAAUCAAAUGAUUUUCCCUAAAGCUAAAUGGUCAUUGGAAUUACUUUCAAAUAAAGAUACAUGGUCAAUACUUAUGAAUGCUUUUUCAGGUAAGGAUGAUCGUCUCUCAAUAGAUGAAAAAGAAUACUUUAGUUCUCACUUUCGAGCCUCUGAAAUAUUUUUCCAAGAUUACAGUACUAUUUCUGAAGAUGGUAAGGUACUAGUUCUUGCAUCACGACGCAGUGAUAUUACCUUCUUAACAUCUGAAGAAGUUGUCUUUACAUUUCAUCCUGAAUUGUUUGUAGAGUGUGAUAAUACAACAUGCUUUAAAACAACAGUAGCACAUGUGCAGAUACGAAAUAGUAUUCUAUUUGCUAUUAAACCAAUUAGUCCAUAUCGUUCAAUAACAACUUCAGGAAUUGAUUCAUCUACCUCACAUAAUGUUAAUACAGAUGUCUUAUUGCGUCGUCGAUGGCAAUUCGCCCACCCUGAGUUACCUUCCUCAUCUGCUGUUCAUUCACCAUGGGUUUCAUUAUGUCAUUGUAAAAUUCUUCCACUUUAUGGAACAAAAUCUGCUUAUCCACGUGAUAGUUUUUUUGUUCUACCUACACAUCAAUACGCUGUUUCUAUUCAAAAGAAUAUGCAACUACUAGAAUACGUCCUUCAACGUUUAUUACAACAGUAUCAAAUAGUUGUUGUGGGUCCUUCUAUAGCGGGAGUACAAUGGCCACGUGAAGAUCCUACCCGAAAUGCUCGUUUAGAGAUGUCUAUUGGUCACCAAAUUCAUGAAUUAAAAAUAGCAGAAACAGGUCAUGAUAUUUCAGUAACUCGUAUGAUGCAUCGUGGUAUGUAUAGUAAUGCUCAAGCAACUCAUAUGAUUACAUAUAAAUAUCUUCUUUUAAAUUACAUGAAAUCAGGUUUUAGUAGGCGAAAAAUACUUUUAGAAACUCAAAUUGGUGCAAAACAUACUUUUCGAUGGGAACAACUUGACUCAUAUAUUCGUGAACGUGAAAUUUAUGAGGCCUUUAUUCCUUCUUCAACAAAUUGUUCACUACGUGAAGGUGAAGUAUGUGUAGCCUUACUUCCCGAGACUUUUGAAGGUACAUCUAUUUCAUUUGAAGAAUUUUUAAAAUUUAUCCGUUAUCGUUUUAGUGUCCAUCUUGCUAUGUCUAGUCAGAUGAAAUGGAGAGAAGACUCUUCAGAAUUAACGACAAAUAUACCAGAUGAUUUUGAUUAUCCCGAUAUAUUAUCACUUCGUCGUGUUGUACUCAUGUAUGACAAUUCACAAGUAACUGAACGACGAUGUGUUAUGGACCACAAGACUGGGCGAACACUUUCCUUUGAUGCACCUGUAAAGAAUCGUAUGAUGUCUGUAGAAAUUACCUUACCAGAAGCGUUUAACCCAAAAUGUCAUUAUUUUCUAAAGGUCUCAUGGUUAGUAUGCAUUGCACCAAUUGUAACGGAUUGGUUUUGUUCGUUUCUAGCUAGUGCUUCUCGGUUUCACUUACGUGCUAUACCAAUUCCUAACUACUAUCACACGGCAAAGGACGAAUAUUUUGUCUGUAGAUUUACUGUACGCGCUAAUAGUAGUGAAGAGGAACCACGUUUACGACGACAUCUUCUUACUCUCUUGACAAGUUCUAAAUACCGAUAUCUUCCUGAUAUACCUUCGAUGAACCGUAAUUGUCGUUUACUGCAUUUCAGUGGAAUUUGUUACGUUACUUCGAAACCAGAAAAUGGUGUGGUGGCUAGAUGGUAUGAAAACCCAAUGUUACCAACGGGGCAGCCAGAGCAUCAACAAUUACUUCGUGAAUUCACAGAAGCUGUACAAUUUGUACGUACCGAGCUUGCGUUAUCCUAA